AUUCAACCGUUUCAAAGCAAAUAUCGCAAAUUCGUGUUUUAAACGUCCAUUUCAAAAACCUUCAUGACGGAAGAAGACAGUUCCUCAAUUCGUUUCAUGUUCUCGAUCCUUCUUUCUGUGUAUUCGGAAAUAUUCGCUCCAGAAUCGACAAGGAGGGUAACCAUCGAGAAAUUCAUCAUGCGAAAAGCCAGGUCUAACGGUGCGAGUCCUUCGCAGUCUUUGGCGUCUACAUCCAUCCUGUUGCGCACAUGCUAUUAUUUGAAUAUAUGAAAUAUCUUAUGAAAAUAAUUUCACAAUUUGUUUUGACGGAGGUACAUAUUUUCAUCAGUAAAUUACGACCAGCUACACUAUUUAUAGAACAAUAUAAUUAAAUGACACAAAGCAGCUGUACCAUGUAGACUGAAAACUCCGUGUAGAGAUUCAUUAAACAAUAAACCACAUGCCCGUAUUGUGUGCAGUUUAAGUUCGAGCACUUGUUUUCGUACAUGGCUGAUUACUAAACGAUGAAAUAUUUUUUUAAUGGCAAUGUAACUGUUUCAUCGUUUAACGGAAACAUUGAGUGAAAAUGUCAACAUGUGAUUGAUAAUAUGGAAUAUCAGACACGGCAUGAAAAAGGGAAAACGAGUCUUUUUCGGUCCCUUGAAACGUUCAAAAUUGACAAGAAUUAUUUAUGUACUUUAUAUAGCAAUUGUUCUAUUUAUUUGUAUGAUACUGUUAACUCCGCGAAUCGUGGGAUUGUUUCAAAGAAUUUUCUGUCGGACUUUUAACAAAAAUUUUUGCGAGGUGCUUGUCGGCUAUGAUGCCGUGUACAGGAUUGGUUUUGCAUUGGCUGUUUGGUUUUUUGUUUUGUCACUCCUAACACUUGGUAUAUCAUCAAGUAUUGACGAAAGAGCGCCAAUCCAAAAUGGAUGUUGGUUGUUAAAGACAACGGGACUAAUAAUUUUGGCUGUCAUUUUUGUGUACAUACCACACAGCGAAUAUAAUGGGGAAAUUUGGUUAUUUUUCGGCUUAAAUGCUGCAUUUUGUUUCAUCAUCCUUCAGUAUGCGUUCAUCCUCGAUGCUUCAAACUAUCUUUGUGUUGUGUAUGAAGAAAUAAUCAAGAAUAAGUCUUCUCCACACUCAUCGUACAUUAUGGCUUCAUUUGAAGCUGCAAAAACAGUCACAACGAUUUUCUUGUUCAGCGUGUCGUUAACUUCGUGCAUUGUAUUCUACUUCAUUUACGCAUCUUUCAACCGAUGCUUUCAUAACUUCGUUUUCUUAACUUUUCACCUCAUCAUGUGCAUUGCGUCAUCGUUGAUCUCUACACUUCCUGUUGUACGCGACGCCAACCCGCAUAUAGGCCUGUUUCAGUGCUCCGUCACAUCGUUAUACUGCACCUAUGUGAUGUGGUUAGCAUUCUCAAGUGAACCGAAUGCGAGGUGCAAUCCUUCGGAGUCCCAUCAAUAUCCCUCAUCACCUGUGACGAACAUUCAGACCUGGGUGACCCUUGUCACUACCUUCACUGUUUUUGGGUAUAUUAGUUUUCGAGAUUUUACCCAUGCACAGUUUUGCGAAGUUGAGCCGGCGAUUCAGGAUUCUGUGACACGAGAUAAAUCAAAUGUUUCCAAUGGAAUGGAAGAUACCCAAGUCCAUGAUGGUACAGCUGCAAUCAUCUCAAAACAGCUGACGCGAACGAGUAACGUCGUUUGCAAUGGUUACUCGGAAAUUUGUGAAGAUAAAAGAAAGCAAACUUGUUCUUGGAAAACCAAAAAUACUGUUGUUUUUGUUCAAGUAGUCAAUUUACUAAAAGUCCUAAUGAACGUUCACCUGUGGAAUCCGAGGAAGGUUUGGCAUGGGAUGACACAUUUCUUUCAUCUGAUGCAUCUCACAAAGAAGAGAACUUUGCUUCAAAUUUAUUCCAUUCUUCUCCAAUAG